ACAGCUUAACCUUUUUUUAUUGCCUGAUGAAAGUCUUGCUCAACUCUUCAUUUUCCCUGUAAGUUCACGUUGCUGGACUCUCGUCUUCUUCCCCAACCCUGGUCAGGUGUCAGUCAGCACAAACAAAUUAAAUAAAGCUUCAAUUCAAUCUUAGAAAUCCUCUUCAAUGGCAUCCAGUUCGAACGCUACCAACUCUUUAACCUCGAAUACGGACGACAAAAAUCCUAAGGACAACAGGGCGGCAGCCAUAACCAAACCAGCUUCCUCUCCGGUCUUAAUCUCCACCGAUUUGCUACGCUCUGUGCUCACUCAUCACUCCCUGAUUCGCCACAUCCACGAUUCUCUCCCCGCAGUUUCAGCGACUAUCACCACCCCAAUCCGCCAAAGCUACGCCGUUUCGCCCUCCUCCUCUCUCCUCCUCAUGCCCUCUUGGUCUUCCUCCCCUUCAUUUCCUUACAUUGGCGUCAAGCUCGUCACCCACUUCCCGCAAAACUCAACGCUAAACCUACCCGGUGUCCAAGCGAGUUACAAUCUGUUCAGCACGAUUACAGGUCAGGCCCUGGCUUCCAUGGACGGAACCGAACUGACCCUUUAUAGAACCUCUUGUGUAUCAGGCUUGGCUUCGAAGUUUUUAGCUAGAGAAGACAGCAGAGUCCUCGUCAUGAUCGGCGCGGGUAAUCUGGCACCACACCUGAUCAAGGCCCAUCUAGCGGCGAGACCCAGCCUGCGAAGAGUGAUUGUCUGGAACCGAACAAUGCAGAAAGCAGAGGAUUUGGUUGAAUCUCUCCGUAGAAGCGAAGACCAUGGCGGGGUCUGUUUUGAGACCAGUGGAUCGCUGGAUGAAAUUUGUGAACUGGGUGAUAUUAUCAGCUGCGCCACCAACGCUCAGGCUCCAUUAGUGAAAGGAAGGAGACUUAAGGCAGGGGCGCAUUUGGAUUUGGUUGGAUCAUUCACGCAUACGAUGAGGGAGUGUGAUGACGAGGCGAUUAGGAGGGGGAGAGUUUUCAUUGACAAUGAGGCGGCAUUGGUGGAGGCCGGGGAGCUGGUGGGUGCGUUUGAGAGAGGAGUGAUUGAGCAGGGAGAUGUUUGUGGUAACUUGGUGGAGUUGAUUAAAGGAGAGAGAGAAGGAAGGAGGAAUGCUGAGGAGGUUACAGUGUUUAAAUCCGUUGGUUCUGCUGUUGUAGAUCUUCUUGCAGCCCAACUAGUGUACGAAGCAUUGAGAUUGCCAUGAGUCACAAUGAAAUUAGAGGUAACAACAUGGGAUUCUUCAUAGGCAAAUUUGCUCUAAAUUUCUAAAGAUGUUUUCUAUUUAAUGUCUAAGUUUACAGGUAGUUUAGUACCUAAAUUCUCAGUAAUUUUUUACCUAUAUAUUUAAUCGCAGAAUAAACCUUGCGAUUUUAUGUUAAACAAUUUCUUAACUGAGAACUUUGUUCAAAUCUUUACUUUGAAGUGCAUCCUCAUAGUCUAAACUGAUACCAUUCUAUCAAA